AGUCGCUCCAGCUCUGCACCUGCAUUCCUCUGCCCUCACACCCGGGCAGCCAUGGCCCCGGGCCCCCUGCUCUGGACGCUGGCCCUGAUUGCAGGCUGCCAGGUACAGGGCCUGUGGGUCUCCCAGCUCAGCUCCGUGCAGGGCACCGAGGGUGGCUCCGUCACCCUGCCCUGCACCUACAACAGCACUCGGGAGCCCAGGCUGGGCAGCUACACCUGGGUGAAGGAGGUGGCGGGCGCCCAGCUGGAGCUGAGCGACAGGACCCAGGAGUUCAGGGGCCGGGUGAGCCGGGCCCGGGACUGGAGCUUCCUGCGGGAGAGGAGAGCCGACGUGGAGCUACGGGAUCUCAGACCCUACGACACCGGGACCUACCGCUGCCUGGUGAAGAUCCCCACCGUGGGAGAGGGGGCGGGGAACGGGACAUGGCUCCAGGUGCUGAAACCGGCCCAUUCAGUGCCCACAGACGGGAAACCCGACCAAUUUGUCCUCUUGUGGCUUUUCCUGCGUGGGCUGAUCUGCACCUUCAGUCUUGCCGCCGGCGCCCUGGGCACCAGCCUGUUCUACCAGAGGAAACUGUCCCGGAGGAGACAGAGACGAGUCAGGGAGCUUCAGUCCAAAGUCCAGCUGUGAAUGUGACUGUUCGUGUCUCCUGCUCUAACCACUAGCCCGUAUUGCCCUUGCAGAACCAGGGAAAGAACCCAGGAGUCCUGGCUCCCAGCGACCCCCGCUGUAACCACCAGCCCCUACUCCCCUCCCCAGCACUCCCCUGUACACGUAACCAACAAUGGCAACUUUUCUUCAUGCCCCUGCUCCAGGAGUCCCGGGGAUCUGGGCUCUGGGUUAAAAGCUUGUCUCUUUUCCCCCCAUCCCUGCUGGGGAGAACAGCUGGAAAUUGUGACCCCGAAAUGCUGAGAGAAACCCAACGGCCAGUUGAAAUGAAACAUCCGGAGUUGUGGGCGUCUCGCUUUCCCCCACCCGCCCUGCUCACGUUCAUUUCCAGCCAGUCUCGUCCUGCCUCCAGCCCCGAUUUGUUCUUUUUCCAGAGAAUCGUGGGGCCUGUGAUGGGUGGGGUCACAGAGGCCCCUUUGGGACCAUCACCUGACGUGCUGAAUUUACCUCUGAGCCUGUUUUCCCUGCCAGCUUGGGACUCCAGACCCCUGCCUUGUUGAGUCAGACACACCAGCCUCGUGCAACCCAGACCCAGACCCGGGUCACGCCGCCAACGCUGCAGACUUUAACCACAAACAGCUCAGCAAGUCACCUGUCUCCAGCACCCAGACACUCAGCUCCCAAUGGGGUCCAAACCCCACAUAAAUCCCUUUUACUCUGUAUAAAGCUUAUACAGGGUAAACGCAUAAAUUGUCCGCCCUCCAUAACACCGAUAGAGAGAUAUGCCCAGUGGUUUGCUCCCCCAGGGAUUAAUCACUUACUCUGGGUUAAUUAAUAAACAAAAGUGAUUUUAUUAAGCAUAAA